GAGAAAAAAAAAGGAGUAAAGAAAAUGGAAGAUUUGAUAAAGCAUUAUGAAUUUCCAAAUUUACCUCUCAAUUUUUCAAAUAAAAUUGACGAAGGUUCGUUUGCCAACAUCUAUUUGCACAUUUUCCGUGAAAAACCAAUCGCUUUAAAAGUUUUCAAGGCAAGUUUACCAAAAAAAAAAAUGAUACAAAUGUGUAUAAAUCUCAAAAAGCUCAAGCAUGUCAAUGUUGUUCGAUUUAAAGGCUAUUGUUUCAGGCCUUCAAUUAUUGGAUUUGAGUAUUGUUGUGUUAAUUUAGACGGAGAUGACGUAAAUAACUUGUCGCAACUUAUUGCUGUAUUAAAUAGUGAUAAUAUUUUUGAGUUAAAUGAUCGAUUAAAUUACAUUUCUCAAGUUUUGAAUGGACUAGCAUACCUUCACCAAGAAAACAUUAUUCAUUGCGAUUUAAAACCUUGUAAUAUGCUUGUUAAUGGAAAAUCUGGAAAAGAUUUAGUGGUUAAAAUAGCUGACUUCGAUGAGCUUUUGAGGUUGAAACAAACAUUCACAUCUAGCUGUACAACGUAUUCUCAAUUCAGGGGUAUGACAUUAAGUUAUACUGCACCUGAACUGUGUCAGUGUAUUGUUCAAAGACCAUCAAAAGAAAGUGAUAUUUAUUCUUUUGGAGUUUCUGCCUUUGAAAUACUAUCUGAUGCUUCUGCUUGGGACGAAGUUCUUCCAUUACUAAAUGAUACAAUGCUAUUAAAUGCUCUCCUUGAUGGAAAAAGACCAAACAUAAAAAAACUGAAAAAAAUAUACUCAUCAAACAAAUGUGAACAUGUUAUUUUAGCUAUUAUUGAAUGUUGGGAUUCUGAUUUUACGAAACGACCAACAUCAGAGAUGCUUAAAGAACGAUUUGAUAGUAUGGCUAAAAACCCAUCUCAUCAAAUAAAAAAAAAGGUUAUUUUAAAAGAACAAGUUAAUCUUGAGUUAGCAGUCAAGCCACAACUGCAUAAAUACCCUAAACUCGGAAAAAAAGUUGAAGAUGUUUCUAUUAACUAUGUAGGACAGACAGAUCCACCUGGUUUCCAAAAACAUUACAUUAACCAAGAGAUUGGAUUUGGAGUUUUUACACUUUUGCCAAGAAAGAAAGGCGAGUUUCUGUUGGAAUAUCGGGGUAAAAUGAUGACUGCUCAAGAAGGAAAGUUAUUGGAAGAAAAUCACAAAAAUCUUGGAAAUGGUUGUUACCAAUACUUUUUUACUUUCCAGGGUAAAAAAUGUUGCAUUGAUGGAACUGAAGAUACCAAUUUGGGAGUUUUUGUUAAUGACUCAAAAGCAGGAAAUUGUGCAAUGCAUAUAAAAGUUUUUUGUGGCAUGCCUCAUUUAUGUUUGUAUGCACUUAAAGACAUAGAAAAGGGCACUGAGUUGCGGUAUAACUACAAUUCAGUAAAUUUAUGGUGGAGAAAGUUAAAGUCUACAAGAGAAAGCUUUAAACUAGAUGAUUUGAAGCAAGCAAGUCUGUCUUCAAUUGACAAUGAUUGGGAUUGUGCUCCUGAGGCAAGUGGCAAUAAAGUAUUCAAUAUUUCAAAUGAGUUGUCGAAAGAAAUUUCCAUAGAUAAUAAUAAGAAUAUAUCAAUUGAUGAACAUAUCGGUGUUACUUGUUUAUCUCCUGUUUCUCCUGAAUUUUGUAUAAAAAAGUCAAUCAAAAAUGAUUGGGAUUGUGCUGUUGUGGCAAGUGUCAAUAAAGUAUUUCAUAUUUCAAAUGAGUUGUCAAAAGAAAUUUACACAGAUAAUAAUAAGAAUAUUGAUGAACAAUUCGAUGUUACUUGUUUAUCUCCUGUUUCUCCUGAAUUUUGUAUGAAAAAGUCCAGUUCAUUUCAGUUUGUUGAAAAGAAAAACAAUGUUUUAAGUCCAAAUCAUUCCCAAAAUGAGCAAUGGCUGGCUUCAAGUUGCUAUGGUUUAUUGAAUGGCGAUUUGUGUAGCAAUUUUUCUAGAGUGUUAUCUGAUACAAACAGUAUCGAUUUCCAUAUUGUUUCGGCCAUUCCAGACCAAGUUUCUGGGAUCAACAAAACUUGUGUUAUGGUAGAGGAUUUAUUUGUUUCUGAAUCUGAUUCAGAUUUAGAAACUAAUAGUGUACUGGAUAAAUUUCUUAUUCCAGUGAACAAACCUGUCCAAAGCAAGGAAACAAAAUGUGAUCUAGAGGUUUCUGUGAUCAAAGAAACUUGUGUUAUGGUAGAAGAUUUAUUUGUUUCUAAAUCUGAUUCAUAUUUCGAAACUGAUAGUAUACUGAAUAAAUUUCUUAUUCCAGUGAAUAAACCCGUCCAAAGCAAGGAAACAAAAUGUGAUCAAGAUUUUGAUUUAUUGCAAUUGGUUGAUGAGGGAGAACCCCAAGUUGAACAAUGGGUUACUUCAAGUUGCUAUGAUUCUUUGAAUGGAGAUUUAUUCGGAGUUCUAUCUGAUACAAAGAUACAGAAGAAGAAAAGUCAAAGACCUCAACGCUAUUGUGUCUUCUGCAAAAAAUCUUUAUUUAAAUUGAAACGGCAUAUUAAAAGAAAACAUAAAGAUGAGAUAGUUGUAAAAGAAGCUCUCUUACUUCCAAAAGAGUUGCAAGUCAAGGCAUUUGCUCAAUUUAGGAGAGAGGGAAUUGUAAAAUACAAUAAGGACCAAGCAAUUUUAGAUUUCCCUAUGUAUAUCUCAGAAAGAGCCUUAAAAAAACAAAAAGACUUGACAAAAUGUAGUUUUUGUAAAAUUGUAGUCGUGAAAAGAACAUUCUCGAGGCACAAAAAAGUAUGUCAGUUAAGAACUAAUGAUCAUGUUGUGCAAGUUCCAUUAACUGUUUCAGAGUUGCCUGAAGCAUCACAAUACAAUAAUUUGUUUAUAACUCAUAUUAUAGGAAAGUUUCGAAAUGAUAAAAUUGGUAAAGUCUGUAGAACAGAUCCAACUAUCCUGAAAAUUGGUUCAAAAUUUUUUUGGAAAUUGAAUAAAAAGCAGGACAAAUCUGUUGAAGUGUAUCGUAGUAUACGCAACGAAAUGCGCCGUUUAGCACACUGUUACACUUUGUUCCUAAAACAAGAGGGAAUUAUACAAAAACAUAACAACUCAUUAGAUAUGUUUAAUCGAGUAAACUUUGAUAUGCUGUCUAAUGUUAUUGAGGUUUACACCAAAAAAGAUGAUGCCGAUAUUAAAGCUGGAUUAAAACAGAAUUUGUACUACUUGUUAAAAAAAAGUGCUACAGUGAUGCAAUUCAUUUUUUAUAGUAAAGGCAUGGACGCUGAAGCUGAAGAUGUCCAGAAAUUUAUUUAUACUUUAAAAUGUUGGCAAGAAUAUCUUUUUGGUGACGCAACUUAUAAACUGAACAUUAGAAGUCAAGUCAACUUGCGAAAACCUGCCAAACUGCCUAGAGAGCAAGAUUUACUCAUACUGCGGAACUAUAUCUUGGAAACUAUGAAACUGUUAUGUGAUGAUUAUGAGUUUCAUGAUUUACACAGUUAUGUCAAACUUAGAAAUUGUGCUUGCGCUAGAUUGACUUUGUUAUGUGGCAGGCGUGGUGGUGAGCCUGCACGUAUGUUAUUAACAGAUUGGAAUCAAGCCUAUAACAAUGAAUGGAUUGACAGUCAAAGAGUUUAUAAACUUGGCAAACUUGAAAAUUUUCUUAUUAAAACAAUGAAAAUAGCUUACAUGACAGGCAAGGGAAACAACCAUCUUGUCCCUGUCCUGAUACCACAAGACACUGUUGAUGCAAUCAUAAAAAUUGCUAGUAAUGAGUUUCGAGAACAAGCAGGAGUAUCGCCUCAAAAUAAAUUUCUUUUUGCAAGUGCUCAGGAUUCUGAUGCUCACAUUUCUGGUUGGCAUGUUGUCCAUGAAUUAUGUAGUGGUCUCCCUCUGAAAAAUCCCAAUGAUAUUAUAGCUACCAACAAUCGUCAUCGCAUUAGUACUUUGUUUGCUGCUUUAGAUGUUCCUAAACGUGACAGGGAAUUAUUUUAUUCUCAUAUGGGGCAUUCUGAACAAAUGAAUAUUAAUUUCUAUCAAGCCCCUCUAGCUUUGGAAGAAAUUACAAAAGUUGGAAAACAUCUAUUAGCCAUUGAUGCAGGUGAAACCGGAUCUUCAAUAUAUUCAGAACCAGAGAUAAGCUCUCAAAAGAAAAAAAAUUUGGAAACUAGCGAGAGUGAAGGAGAAGAUAAUAGUGUGAUAAGCUCUCAAAAGAAAAAUUUUUUGGAAACUAGCGAGAGUGAAGGAGAAGAUAAUAGUGUGAUAAGCUCUCAAAAGAGAAAAAAUUUGAAAACUAGCGAGAGAGAAGGAGAAGAUAAUAGUGGUAAAAAUAAUAAUGAUGGAAAGGAGGCAGAACUCUAUAAAUCUGCAACAGCCUAUAAUGAUUUUGAUAAUAAUCGUUUUUACACACAGUGGAACAAAAAGCAAACCAAUGAUCUUUUGGAAUGGUUUGCCUCUUUUUUAAAUGACAAAGAACGUGAAUGGCCAGAUCGAAGGCAUAUAGAAAAGUUUAUAUCUAUAUGUGAAAUACCGUUUGAUUACGGCAAAGUUAGAACAAAACUCACAAACGAGCGACUAAAGUUAAGAGCCGCAAAAAUAAAAUCGGAGAAUACAGCAAGAGAGCGAAUCCAUGCUAUGAAUCUAUAGGCAGAAAGAAAUAUAUAUUUAUAUAUUUAUAGUUUUUUCAUGAA